AUGAAUUUCUCAUCGACUCAAAAUUUGACAAGCGAAGUUGUCACUGUCAAACCAUACCAGGACUUCAGUGGGACCUAUAUUGGAGAUAUCAACAGUUAUAUUGCUGGAAUCGUCAGUUUAUUCUCUAAUUUAACUUUGAUUUAUGCUACAUCACAAGUGAAAACUUUCACGAGUUCUGUUCGAUUCUCGCAGUAUGCCAUAUCCGUAUUGAGGUUGAUUUUCUCAUUUAGCAUCAUGUUGACUUGUCCGAGUAUAGAAUAUGAGCUUGAAACAGAAUCCCUGUACAUCAUAAAAAAUGGAUUCUACCUGCCAGUAUUUCUUGGAGAAAUUCUUCUUGCUGUGUUCAUUGUAUCGAUUGUAAUGUCUUGUAAUGGACCAGCAGUUCAAUAUUUACAAGUUGCAGUGAUGCUCGCUUCAUCUUCUAGACAACAAUCAAAAUGCUCAAUCUCAAUCAUGCCUAUCCUAGUGGCUGUUCCCACUGCAAUUCUUGUUUAUUUUGGAUACGUUCCACAGUUUUAUGACGCCCAGAUAUCCAAAUACUUUCUUGAUAGAAUAAGUCAACAAGGGAUCACUUCUUUAUUGAUAGUUACUGUACAUCUGACAACAUCAACAGGUCACUUCAACUUUGACAUGAUGUCCCAAGUUUGCACAUUUUUUAUUCUGAUAGUCAUGUUUAUAUCUUUGACAAUCACUAUUGUCUGUUAUUUAAGUAUUAGAAGACAUAUGAAAUGUCGAAGACUAGAAGUGGGUACAACAACUCAGAACACUCAAGAACAGCUGAAUACGGUGUUGUUAAUACAGUUUCUUUUCCCAUUCCUGACGAUUCACAUUCCAUUUUAUAUCACCUUCAUACUUCCUUUCUUCAAUAAUGACAUUGAUUUUCUAACUGAUAUCAUGCUACAUUUAUGUGCGUGGUGUCCUGCGAUCAACCCAAUUAUUGUUAUGAUCAUGGUCAAGAAUUUCAAUGAUUUCCCACUGGGAGAUAUCAGUAAUUAUUGUGCCGCGGUCACCUCAAUUAUUUCAAAUUCACUAUUGAUUUUUGCAACGUCUCAAGUGAAAAGUUACAAUCGAAAUGUGAGAAUUGCAAUGUAUUAUAUGGCAUUCUGGAGAUUUGUUUUCUCAGUCACUCUUGGGUUGACUAGUCCGGUAAUCAAAUACUAUUCUUCUAUGAAAACCAUGUACAUUAUCAAAAACGGAUUCACCCUCCCCAGUCCAAUUGGAGAGAUUUUGUUGGUUGUUUUCAUAGUGACAAUUGUAAUGUUUUGCAACGGACCGACUGUACAGUAUCUACAAGUGAAAACUAUUCUGAAAGCAACAUCGAAACAAGACGUCAGUUUUUGUAUCUAUCUCAUCCCAUUGAUAAUUGGUAUCCCAAUAGUUGUCCUUAUUUACUUCGGAUACAUUCCGAACCCUCAAAAUAUAAUGUUCCCUCCUCAACUUGUUGAGAAGAUGAAACUUCAAGGAAUCGCUACUUUUUUAAUGGUUCCAAUGAGUUUGGAGGUGGAGAAAAUGGAAAUUAUGGCAUUAGCAUGCACUUUAUUUAUUCUUCUCGUUAUGAUUGUAUCCAUAGUAUUCGCAAUUUUCAACUUCAUUAGUAUACAGUUCUUGAUGAAAGAAAAACUGAAAUCAAGUGCCAGUAACAACUCGAAAAAGUCACAAGAGCAGUUGAAUACAAAUCUUUUGCUUCAGUUCAUCUUCCCAUUCUUCACCAUCCACACCCCGUUUUUCAUCACCUUCGCACUCCCAUUUUUCGAUAAAAAUCUGGAAUUCUUAUCUGAUAACAUGUUGUAUUUAUCUGCUUGGUGCCCAGCAGCCAACCCAAUUAUCCUGAUGUGUGUAGUCAAGAUGAUGGAACACUACACGACAAACUCGUGGCUGGAAGAGGCAAAUGCUGGAGUUGCUGGAGUUGUUUCACUCAUUGCAAAUAUUCUUUUGAUUUAUCUGACGACAAAAGUAAAAACUUACUCGGAUACUACGAUAAUGUACCUAGACGAAGUGAAAUCCCUUUACAUUGUCAAGGGAGGAGUUGAGAUUCAUGCAGACAUCGGCCGAUUUCUCCUCAAUCUCUUUUUGGUAUUCGUAGUCACAUCUUGCACCGGACCGUCUGUUCAGUAUCUUCAAGUGGCCUAUUUACUAUCCAAUCCUACCCUAAAGAAUCAUUCAGUUUUGCGAACUAUGAUCACAUUAAUUCCAUUAUUUGUGGCUAUCCCAACAGCUGUUUUGAUUUUCAAUGGUUAUACACCGAAUGAGUAUGAAAUGGAUAUAUCGAAAGAGUUGAUUGAAGAGAUCACUGGGAAGAAUAACAGUUCUUUUUUGAUUGCUUCAGAAGAAAAGAUUUUCAUGGCAACAUCUGGAACAUACGAAUAUGAUAUUCCUGCCCGGAUUUGUACUUUCUUCAUGUUCUUCGCUAUGAUCUUUUCUCUUAUUGUGGUGAUUGUCUGUUUCAUUCAUAUGCAGUUUACAAUGAAAAAGAAGAACUCGAUUAGCAACAAGAAAUCACAGAAACAAUUGAACUUAUUACUUUUUGUUCAGUUCAUCUUCCCAUUCAUCACAAUCCAUAUCCCAUUCUACACUGCUUUCAUACUCCCAUAUCUCGAUCUUGAGUAUAAUGAUUUAUCUUCUAAACUUCCAUUUAUGUUCGCGUGGUGUCCAGCUAUCAAUCCGAUAUUGGUUAUCUGCAUGAUCAAGAAUGUGCGUGACACUCUUCUCAACAGAAAAGGAACUCCUCUCACUGGAACAACAUUCACCACUUCUACUCAUAUAUUUCAUACAAGAAGCUCAACACAGAUCAGGAAAUAA